AUGGCUGCUUUUAUUUUUGUAAAGCUUUAGUGUGAUAUAUAUGUUAAUUCUCUGGACUGUAUUCAUCUAAUCCUUGAAAGGUUAUAAGAGCCUAAUAAAGUAGACCAUGAAGAAAAACAGUAGAAUUUAGAGAUGUGUCAUAAUAAUAUCAAGAAACAUUUACAAUAAUUCCAACUGAAGAUAAGGAGUGGCUGCAUUUGUAAUAAGAUUUUCAAUGCAUAAAGACUAAGCUAAAUUAAUUGCAUGGAUGAGAUGGUUUAUAUGAUGGAUACAGGAGAAAUAAGUAGAGUCGGACUAUGUUAGCUGUAUUAUAGUAGAUAGACAGAGGAAUUACAAUUUAAUAGGAGAGCAAUAUCAUAACCUUUCUGUUGUUUAUUGUUUUAGGUUGCCGUUCAAAUAAGUAGUUAAAUGUCCUUGAUCAUAAGAUAUUAAAGCACAAGAAGAAUCUGUAUAUUUUCAUCAAUUAUAGCAUCUACACUGUCGGCAGUGCAAAAACUCAAAGAACAAGCAUCAUAUUAUGAACAACUAGUUCCAACAGGGUAUCCCAAUCUAUAGUUCUUCAUUCUAAGGAGCCUAGCAAAAAAUGAACAAUAUUCUCAGCAUAGAUAUUCGCGUAUAGUGUACAAAUUGUAUCAGAUACUCGUCUUAAUACACUAGGAAGGCUGAAAAUAUUAAAUUGUCAGAUAUUUUUAUAGGCUUUUUGCUUCAGAAAUAAGGUAUUCAACUAUUUAUAGAGUAAUUUCAAUAAGAGAAUAUUUAAUAUCCAUCACUAGUAUCGAAUGCAAUACACUCAGUAUCUUUCUAGUAAAUUAGAAAUUCAAGAAGUGUUUUAGCAUAGCCAACACUAAAUUAUAUACAAGUGAAGGCAUUUCUAUAUACCUCUAUCAAGAAUUGAUUUUCUCUAAGGUAACAGAAAUAGCUGAUAAGAUACAUUAUUUUUAAGUUGAUACAGCAUGAUUUGAUUUUUUGUAAUAUGAGAAGUAUGACAAGAGAAUUGAGAUUUAG